AUGGAAGCCAACCCAACCCCAUGGAAGCCAACCCACCCUCGUGGAAGCCAACCCACCCCCGUGGAAGCCAACCCAUCCCCGUGGAAGCCAACCCACCCUCGUGGAAGCCAACCCAACCCCAUGGAAGCCAACCCACCCCAGUGGAAGGCAACCCACCCCCGUGGAAGCCAACCCACCCCCGUGGAAGCCAACCCAUCCCCGUGGAAGAUAACCCACCCCCGUGGAAGCCAACCCAUCCCCGUGGAAGAUAACCCACCCCCGUGGAAGCCAACCCACCCUCGUGGAAGCCAACCCAACCCCAUGGAAGCCAACCCACCCCAGUGGAAGGCAGCCCACCCCGUGGAAGCCAACCCAACCCCGUGGAAGCCAACCCACCCUCGUGGAAGUCAUCCCAUCCCCAUGGAAGCCAACCCACCCUAG